GUUAAUGGAUGGAGGUGUUGUUCGGUCUUGUGGGACGUAACUGUUAUAUUGAAUGUGGUGGCCCUGGCAUGGGCGCUACAUAGCCCCCUCCCUGAUGGGAGUGGGACAAACAGUCCAUGAGCAAGGUGAGUGUGAUUCCUUAAGAUAUGUCCAGCACCUUGUCCUCAGUGGCGGGUAUUCUGGUUCCAGUGAGGCGUUGGGCAGUGUUAGCUGGCUGUGGUAGAGCCCUGCUGUCCAUUGCAGAGCGAUUUCUGUACCACACAGUGAAACAUGAGGAAGUCUGCAGACGCUGGAAAUCCAAAGCAACACACACAAAGUGCUGGAGGAACUCAGUAGGCCAGGCAGAGGAGUCCAGUGGACUAGGCCGAGACCCCUCAACAGGACAUGUUCGGAUGCUGUCAACCGUGAGCAUUAACGCGGAUAACAGGGAAUUCUGUUACCCGGCGGGUGCGGGGCCCCAUGCUGCCGGACGGAGGUGGGCCGUUCCCUGCGUGAGCCGGAAGGCCGCGCUGGUUCCGGGGGAGGCGCCUGGCUCAGCGGGGCCACCGUGAUGCCGAGGAGCGAGCGGCUGCCGCUCGGCGAUACGCUGGCCCGGGGCUGUGGGAGACGGGGAGGCCGCCGGACUCCUGGCCCGGGCCGACAGGAGGAGGCGCGGUGGUUGCGGCGGCUAUGAGUCUGGAGGAGUCCGAGAGCUACGCAGACGUUCAGGAAAACGAGGUGCAGGUCUUGAACGCCAUCUAUGGCCGGGACUUCGGAGACCUGCGUGAGCAGGACCCGUGGAAGGUGAAACGCCCCCCUGAAAUCUGUAUUGCGCUGCACCCUCAGGGAGUGGACAGUGUUGAAGAUAGCCAUGUGGCAGUGGACUUGCAUGUUACUUGCCUACCCAACUAUCCGGAUGUACCUCCAAAAAUUGAGCUGAAGAGAACAAAGGGGCUGUCAAAUGAAAAGCUGAACCAGCUGCAGACAGAGCUGGUGAACCAGGCCAAAGAUCUCUGUGGAGAGGUGAUGAUAUUCCUCUUGGCGGGUCAUGUGGAGUCAUUUCUCAGUGAACACAACAUCCCUCCUUCCAAGUCUUUCUAUGAGGAGAUGCUGAAGAACCAACAGGAGCAGCAGGAGCGGCUUGCACUGGAACAACAGCGCAGGAUAGAACAGGAAAAGCAGCACAAAGAGAAAAUGCAACGUGAAAUCCUUGAAGAAAUACAGAGGCGAGAAGAAGAAAAGAAGGAUGCAAAGAAGCUGGAUCAAUUGGCCAAGCAGGAAAGGUUGGAAAGUGCCCAAGAGAUCUUUCCAGUCAACACUUCCAGAAUUCCUGCUUUAAACCAGCAGCCUUCUGCCAAUUUGAACAACACAAUGGAGCGAGUCGAUCACAAAAAAGGAGGGAACAGUCGUCGCCGAACAAGUUCCAACGGCCGCUCCAAGCGAGAACACCAGAUUUCUGUCUGUAGCAAUGAAGACAGUUCUAAACUGUACAAAGUGAUACACUUUAACACAGGAUCAACCGGAGGGUUUACUGUACACUUGGGAAAGGUUGUUGGUGAGAGUGAAAACCUGAGCCGAUCGGUUUACAACGCUUUUGAAGAGUUGACAGGAAGUUUUGUGAUGGUCUAUGAGUGGGUUCUUCAAUGGCAGAAGAAGAUGGGCAAGUUUCUCACCAGUGAGGAGAAGGACAAGAUUGAAAAAUGCAAAAAAAAGAUUCAAGGUGCAGAAACUGAGUUUAGUUCCCUGUUGAAACUGAGCCACGAGAAUCUGGUACGUUACAUGGCGAUGUGCUGUAAGGAGCAGGAGGACUCCAUUGUGGUCAGUCUGCUUGUGGAAUACGUCAGUGGCUCCAGCUUGUCCGAUGUUCUGAGCAAAGGGACCCCCAUUGCAGUCGACCAGCUCCAGCAUUAUGCAUUACAGCUCCUGACAGCCUUGGACUACCUGCACAGUAACUCAGUGGUGCACAAGGUGCUUGAUGCCUCCAGUGUUCUGGUGGACAACAAAGGCAAUGUGAAACUGACAGAUUACAGCAUCUCUAAGAGGCUGGCAGACAUAUGCAAGGAGGAUGUGUUUGAGCAGACAAAAGUGCGAUUCAGUGAGAAUGCUCUGCCUUACAAGAGUGGAAAAAAGGGGGAUGUCUGGAGGCUGGGCCUCCUCUUGUUGGCUCUUAACCAGGGGGCAGCUGUGAAGGAAUACCCAAUAACUGUGCCAAACAACCUGCCUGGUAACUUCCAGGAUUUCCUAAACAAGUGUGUAUGUUUGGAGGAUAAAGCACGCUGGAACACCCAGCAGCUGCUUCAGCAUUCCUUUAUCAAGCCCCCAGUUGUACGUGCUCCUUACUGUGGCAACGAAGAAAUUCCAGGUUUGGCUGGAGGAGUGGACUGUGCAGAAACUAUUGUUCCAAGCAGCCAGCUUCUGAAAGAUUCAGUCUACACAGACAUCCAGAAGCAACACUCACACUAUUACAGUGAGUUUGAGGAGCUGCAACUUCUGGGGAAAGGUGCCUUUGGAGCUGUCAUCAAGGUGAAGAAUAAACUGGACGGCUGUUACUAUGCUGUUAAACGCAUCCUGGUGAAUCCCAACAGUAAGCAGUUCCGCAGGAUAAAGGGUGAGGUGACACUGCUGUCACGUCUAAGUCAUGAAAACAUUGUGAGGUACUACAACGCCUGGAUCGAGAAGCAUGAAAUUCAGCCUCCCCUGGACUCGAGCUCGGAAUGUUCCCAACAAACACCGGAGUCAGGACAGCAGAACAAGUGGAUCGUGUCGGAUGAUGUUGACAAAAAUGCCCCGCCUCCAGUUACAACCAGUUCAGUGGAGUGGAGCACAUCAUGUGAAAGAUCAUCAAGUGCCAAAUGUGGGGACAGGGAGUCAAGUGAUGAGGAUGAUGAUGAAGACGAUGUGUUUUGUGCAUCCUUUUUACAAGCUGACGUUGAUUCAGACAGUGACAUUAUUUUUGAGAAUGGUGAUGAAAACAGCAACAACAUCUCCAUGGACUUUGGAUCCAUUGACUUCUUCUCAUUCUCUUCUGAACUGAGCGGAGAAACUACAAGCAGGAAGGAUCCAGGCAGUGAGAGAGUGGAGAAAGCAGAGACCGUGCUGGUGCCACAGACUGUGCAUUAUUUAUAUAUUCAGAUGGAGUACUGCGAGAAAAGCACUCUACGAGACACAAUCGACCAUGGACUGUAUGGAGACACCAGCCGCCUUUGGAGGCUCUUCCGGGAAAUCCUUGAUGGAUUAGCCUACAUCCAUGAACAGGGAAUGAUUCACAGGGAUCUGAAACCUGUUAAUAUUUUCCUUGAUUUGUAUGAUCACGUGAAAAUAGGAGACUUCGGUUUAGCCACAGAUCACCUUGCUAAUGUGGAACAUGACAAGCUGGAAGCAGAUGAGGGUGGAUCAGUUCACGGGAUUAAAUCUGACUCAGCAGAGAACUUAACUGGAAUGGUCGGCACUGCUCUGUAUGUGAGCCCUGAAGUACAGGGCAAUGCAAAGGCCACUUACAAUCAGAAAGUGGACCUGUUCAGUUUAGGGAUCAUUUUCUUUGAGAUGUCAUAUCGUCCUAUGGCUACUGUUUCUGAGAGGAUUUUUGUCCUCGGCAAGCUUCGAACGCCAGCUAUCGAGUUUCCUGAAGAUUUUGAUGAAAAAUGUUCAAAACAGAAAUUGAUCAUUGGCUGGCUGUUGGAUCACGACCCAUCCAGACGCCCCUCUGCAGUUGAGCUGCUGAAGAGCGAGUACCUCCCGCCCCCCCAGAUGGAAGAGUCAGAGCUUUAUGAAAUCCUGCACCACACCCUGGCAAACACCAGCAGCAAGGCUUACCGAACCAUGGUCACUCAACUCUUCUCCCAAAGUGUUACUCCUGCCAUGGAUUUCACCUAUGAUUCUGAUCUUCGUAAGGGGAGGAACAGAUACUGUCAAGAACAUCCUUCACAGGACGACUUCAAUGUACUCGACAUUGCCUCGGCGAAUGGGAGUGGUUUCUCAGUUCAUUAUAACAUGGUGCAGGAGUUUGUGCAGGAGACAGUAUGCCGAAUAUUCAAAAGACAUGGUGCCACUUGUGUGAACACGCCACUACUUAUGCCAAAGAACAAAAAAUUGUAUGAGACUAGUGGAGGAGCUCUCUUCAUAGACCAUUCUGGAAUGUUAGUCACGCUUCCCCAAGACCUUAGGGUGCCAUUUGCGAGAUUUGUGGCAAGGAACAACAUCACCAGUUUAAAAAGGUACUGUAUUGAACGAGUAUUCAGACCACGAAGGCUGCACCGGUCCCACCCUAAAGAACUUUUAGAAUGUGCAUUUGAUAUUGUCACACCAAUCACAAACAACUUGCUGGCAGAUGCAGAGGUCAUCCAAGUCGUUGCCCAGAUUAUUAAAUUGUUUCACGUACUGCAGAAGAGGAACUAUAGCAUCUAUCUGAACCAUAUCUGCCUGCUGAAGGCAGUGCUGCUGCAUUGUGGGAUACCGGAGGACAAACUCCUUCAGGUGUGCAACAUCCUGUGCGAUGUCAUGACAGGGAAGCUGACCAAAAGAGAGAUAGAAAUCAAGUUCUACAAUCUCUCCUUGUCACAGAAUAAUCUCUUGCACCUGUACAAGUACAUUGAAGUCAAGUUGGACAUAAAAGAUUUGAGCAGUGCAUUGAGCCCACUGAUGAAAGGGAAGUUAGCUGUUUCCCAGCUGGCACAGCAAGGCUUAAAGGACUUGGAAACUGUGACAGAGCUCCUGAAGAAACUUGACAUCGAGCUUCAGGUGGAGAUCAAUCUGGGUCUUGUCUACAAGGUGCACCUAUUCAGUGGAAUCGUCUUCCAGUUUGUUGCAUUUGUAAAGCGGCGACAACAUCUUGUGCCAGAUAUCCUUGCAGCAGGAGGGAGAUAUGACAAUCUGAUCCUGGAGUUUCAACGUCUGCGUCUCACAGGUCCGGUUCCCACUGCUGUAGGAGUCAGUCUGGCCUUGGAUAAAAUCUCCACGCUUUGUAGUGAUUUGGUACCACCCGAUGGUUGCCACUGUAAGGCACUGGUGGUUGCAGUCAGUCGAAUUUUGAUUGACAGAUCUAUCCGCAUCAUCCAGAACCUGUGGACAGUGGGGAUAAAUGCUGAGCUCCUUUGUGAUGUCUCCCAGGAGGAAGUUCAGCACCAUUGCAAACAGACGGGAAUCAGUUAUUUAAUCCUGGUCUCAGAUAAAGAGAAAGACCACGUGAAGGUGAGGUCAUUUGAAAAGGAUAAACAGACGGAAAAGCGAGUUUUGGAAAAAAAAUUAGUUGAUCAUUUCUCCGAGAAGCUGUGGUGCAAAGUGUCUGAUGACAAGAACAGCAGCAGGGAACCUCGAGAGAACUUCUCCUCUCAGGACCUGAUAGGAUCACUCUGCUGUGUUACAGGAUCUUUCGAAUCUAAUGGAGGUUCGAUUACCCCACAUCUUACUUUCAUUCCACCUGACAAAUUAUCUGCCAGCAACAAAGAACAGUACAGAGAGAAGGUUGUAACAAAACUUAAAACCUUUGUCAGUAACCUGCAGCAGAAAGGGAGUGAAAUUGAAGUUUUAAUGGUUGAUGUGUCGAAGGAAACUGUGAAGAGCUUCUUGUCACUGAAGUGUGACAGGGACGAGCAAACAUUUAACACAAGUGUCCAACAGCUGCUCUCUCAGUCAUCGAAACAACGGUAUCUGAAAACCAUUUGUGACCAAAUCCACCACUUCAAGUUAAUCAAGAGAGUGUCCAUGCUGCUUCUGUACAGUUACAAAGAUGACUACUACCAGAUUAUGUUCUAGUGAGAUUCCCGGUUUGAAGUUUGUACAGGAACACUGCACAGAGUAGUGUGCACAGAUUAUUUUGAUGUGUGGGAGUUUCAUGAGUUAAUGACUUGGGAGAGCAGAAAACUGGGAAUAUUUGAAUCAAAUAUGUCAAUCCAGUGUGUUGUGGAUGUACAUAUCUCGUGUCAAUGCAGAGUGUUAAACUGCACCAUCAUCGUCAUUCCACUGUUAAUCUCAGCGUCAUUCCUUCCUCUAGUUACUGUCUCCACCCAAGCUCUGGGCUCCAGUUUUAUGGAGGCUAUAACCAUCCCAUCCCAUACCACAGACAACGCUCCCCUGCAGCCAUUUCUUCAGCUAAAGCUUGAGUCAAAGCUGGCAGGCACAGCUCCGCACUGCAUCAAAGUAGCUGCUAGUUCCUUCACAUUAGGUGCACUGCCCCAUCCGUGGUGUGACCUGAUGCAACAAGUAUAUUCCUCUUCUGAGGCAGACAUUUACUGUCACUGGCAGUCCCUGCGUUUUCUUUGUUAAUGAUUACACCUGACCGUCUAGUUCAGGAGUGAGCUGUGAUGAGACUGCCCCACAGUGUUCAGCAGGGCUCAUGGCGUAGAAAUUCUCUUGUUUCCUGAGACGUGCCCUGUCACUGCCCGCUGUGCUAACCAUGCCUGCAGCCAUACUGCAUUUUCUCUCGUCCCUCCUUCCAAGCAGCCGUUUUGCUCACUGUUUGGUGUUGCGCAGCCAACCGUUUGAUUGGAAUGAGUGCCUUUUAAAUCCACCAGCCUGCCUUAGUGGGUCAUCCUAAUCAAUGUCAGCAGAUUUUCUGUUUAACUAAAUUCGAGCAAUAAGGCAAUGUGAUUGGCCCACCCGCUUCAUGAGGAAUUUGUUUUGCUUUAGGAAUCAUGGUGUUUGGUUUUCAAAGAAGAAUCCUUGAAUCAUGUGUAAUGUGAGCAUUGUAGUACCAGAUUGUGUAUAACUAGUGGCCCCAAUCUGUAGGCAGGCACUGGAGCCACUCUGAUGAGUUGGGGAGUAUUUUAUGGGUUUUAAAGUUGCUACUAAUGUGUUGCUUAUCCAAUCCAUUUUGGAUUGAUAGUGCCCCCCUCAGCUGAGCCACUCUGGUUUUUAAUUGUACAGAAAAGCAGCCUUGCAUCAGGACUGAAGCUAAGUUUGUAGAAUUAUGAAAUAUUGUAGAAUUAGCCAGAAAUUCUGAGGAAAGUAAAACACAGCCUAGCUGCUACAAGGUUUGUUGUUGUGGCUGGUGUUGAACAAUUCAGAAGAAUCAAAGGUGAACGAUACAAACCAAAGCCAGUGUACUUCAUCAUGAUCACUUGACGCUUUUAUCCUGCCUUAAGGGAGCGUUGCUGGUACAGCAAUCAUAGGAGCAAGCAAACAGUUGCCCUGAGGUCCUGAUGCUACUGCUUGGUUUUUAGUGAUUUGUCAAGGUGCCCCAGGGAAUUUCAAAGCAUGAGUUGAUUAUACUUCAAAUCUAGAUCAUUCUAAAUUGUGAAAUUGCACAGUGAACAUAAAGUGACUUUUGCUGUAAAUCUGGAGAAAAAUAAACUUUGCACAUGAGAUUUUUAUCCCUGUCUAU